GCUGUGUCUGGUGGAUUUGGCCGGUAGUGAGAGAGUGCAGAAGAGUCAGUCUCAAGGAGAUCGAUUCAAGGAAAUGACCGCCAUCAACUCUUCCCUCACCAACCUGGGAAUUGUGAUCGCCGCUUUGGCCAACAAGGACAGCUUUGUUCCCUACCGUAACUCAAAGCUCACGUACCUCCUCCAGAACUGCCUCGGAGGCAACAGCAAAACUUUGAUGUUUGUGAAUAUAUCGCCUGAGGAAGAGAGCUUCAGUGAGUCGCUGAAUUCUCUGCGCUUCGCCAGCAAGGUGAACGACUGUGUCAUCGGAACAGCCUCUGCUAAUCGGAAGUAGUUCAGCUGUCAUUUCCCAACAUCCUCUGUGGUCAUUUUUAAAUGUU